UUGGGUUGCUAGACUAGAUCUCAUGCUUUGAACAUUUGAAUCUUAACUGGUGUGGUUGUUCCCGCGUUGCAUUGCACUGUCUUGUCAUAGAGACAUUUUGCCGUCAGAAUCAACUGCUGCCAACCAUGGGCUCCGUGGCGACCAUCAGUGAGGCAUAUGGCGCCCCCCUGGUAUUAGACAAGCCACCAUGCCUCUGGGAGCAAUUCCAGUCUGCAGUCGCCGCCGCACCUGAGGCACUUGCCCUUGCAUGUGUUCACCAACGUGCCGGGUUAUUCGGCAUCCCAAACCUCGAACUGGACUCGGACGCCUUCCGCCAGCAGCCCUACCUCCGCUGGUCACUGCGGAGCCUCAACCAGGGCAUCGACCGGCUCGUGAGGGCACUGCAGCCGCUGAAUGUGAGAGGGGGCACGCCGGUGGUGACCUUUUGCCACAACAGCGCCGAAUACGUGCUCGUGGCCUAUGCCUCCAUCAAGCUGGGCUGCGUCAUCAUCCCCAUAAACCCGCGCAACCUGACCAACGAGGAAGAGGUCAGGUACAUGGUCAGGACGGGCCUGAGCGUCUGCAACGGAGACAGGCCCCUCGUUGCCGCCGGAGACGAGCACCUCGCUUUCAAGAUCGACGAGCUCGGCCUCUUCCCACAGCCUGCGCACAAGGUCGUCUUUGGUGCGGCCAGAUAUGCAGACUGGACCGGCUUCCCCAGCCUCAUGGACGAGCACCCGCAGGCUGCCGACGAGCUCCUCCCGAGGCCUUCGGACACGGAGCGGGGGGGCUGCGUCCUCUUCACAUCGGGCACAACUUCCCUGCCCAAGGGCAUCUAUCGCCUGCACCGGAACUGGGCCGCGGCAAUGGCCGCCCGCAUCCCGAUCGAUGGGGUUGUGAGGGCGGGCGACCGCAGCUGUUCCCCGGGCCCCAACAACCACAUCAUAGGGUUCUGGCCCCUGGCGAUCGCUCUCAGCUUGGGCGCCGGGGUUAUAUACCCUGGGCUGGCGUUCGACCCCGAUCUCAUGCUGGAGACGCUCUACAACGAGAGGAUUAGUCACGUGACGAUAGUUCCAACAAUGCUGCAUGCUUUAGUAGCUGCCAAGGCGACCAAGUAUCCCAACAGACCAAUGAGUGAUCUGAAAAACGUCACCCUCGCAGGCGCGCCAAUAACCCCAGAGAUUCUGAAGCUCGUCACGCAAGAGCUUGGCGGCGGCGGUGCAGAGCACGCAUUCGGCUGUACGGAAGGUCUUUUGAUUUUCGGCGGGUGCACAGACGACUUCAGCAAGAUCAUAGAUGGGGACGAUGCCGCGGUUGGCUGGCCCAUGCCAGGGUUUGGCGUCCGCAUCGCCGACCCCGACACGGGCGAGGUCGUUCCGCACAAUACCGUGGGCGAAAUCCACGGCUGUGGACCCAGCAUCGACGGACCCUACAUCGGCGGUAUGGGCAAAGAAAACUGGUACGAGUCGGAUGGGAAGUUGUGGUACAAGACUGGUGAUGCAGGCAGGAUGGACAGCCGGGGGCGGACGUUCAUCACAGGGAGGUUCAAGGAUAUGAUCAUCCGAGGCGGCGAAAACAUCUCGCCGGCUGCGGUUGAGAGCAUACUGUGCAAGAACCCCAUGCUGAACGCGCUCAUGCCACAGAUAGUGGGCGUCAGGGACGAGAUCGCAGGCGAGGUGCCAAUCUGCGUCAUCAAGGGCUCCGCCACCACCGAGAUCCGCCAGCUGGUCCAGUCAGAGAUCGUCAACCACAUGGGCACUCUGUAUGUCCCAGAAGAUGUUAUCCCCGUCAAGGCACUUGGCUUGGAGGACUACCCACGGACGACUUCGGGCAAGAUCCAGAAGGUCAAGCUCGCCGCGCUGGUGAAGAAGCACCUGUCGGAGAGCGAGGAAGCGCUCGAUAGCACAACUUCGAACGAUGCCAACCUGACCGAGCAGCUGCGGUCCAUCUGGGCCAAGGCGGUCGGCCUCGAGCCUUCGAGGAUACGCCUGGACGCUCCGACUGGGGAAUUCGCCGACAGCAUCACCGUGAUGCGUGUGCGUGACAAGAUAAUGCGGGCAACUGGUAGAACCCUCUCACUGGCAGCCAUGACAGAAGCAGGCACCAUCGAGAAGCAGGUUAAGCUACUGCUAAGCAUGGGAGCCGGCCACGCAAACGGCACCCAAGAAGUGCGUGUGGAGAGGCCAACCCGCAAGGGACCACCCGGGGUGGAGGAUAUGGUCCAUCUGAUCGAAGAACCAGAUCUCUUUGAGCCGACGAAGGAGUUGGUCAACAGCACCCUCUCGAGCCUCGGAAUGGACUGGGAAGAUGUCGAGGACAUCAUUCCCGCAUACGACUUCGGUGCGAUAAUGUCGCAGACCAAGUUGUAUGACAGCUGGAAUCUCAACACUGCCAUACAUCCAAGUAACAGGGUUAACAAGGAGCAACUCCGCCGUGCCUUCGAGGCCGUUGUUAUCAACAACCGCAUUCUGGCAUCCUUCUUCGUGUGGGACUCGGACAAGCUGCACUCAGACGACGCCCUCCACGUAGUUGUGAGGCAGAGCCCCAAGUUCUUUGACAUGAUCGUUGAAGAUGGCGGUUCCCUCGACACUGCGGAGGACCUGAAGGGGAUCUCGCUAAAGCAUCCUCGCCCAGACUAUGCCACUCUUCCAGGACCGGCCUACCGCACCAUGCUCUUCGACGUCAAGGAGACAGGCACAGCAGCGAUGGUGACAUCAGCCCACCACUGCGUGAUAGACGGAUUCAUGGCCCAGUCCGUACAUGAGGACCUAGACCGGGCACUUGCGGCCAUAGCCUCUGGGGCAUCCUCGACCGAGGAGAUCCUGGCCAAGCUGCACCCUCACGUGGAUUAUAAGCCGUGGGCCGACUCGUACUACAACCUGAGGUCCGGGGUCGAGGCACGCGCCGCCACAAAGUGGCACCUCAGACGCCUGUCGUCGCUGCGGCAGCACGUCGAAGCAGGUGCGCUAUUCCCGCCGACACUGAUCACGCCGCGUGGCCAGUACAAUGGCGCACUGGUGGGGGGCGACGACCGCAUCUUUUUCAUGUUCGACACGCCCGACAUCCACGCGCUGCGCAAGGAGCACCCGGACAUCACGCCACAGGCGGUGGUCAAGAGCGCGGCGGCGCUGAUGAACGUCCACCGCACGGGACACUCGCACGCCGUGUUCACCAACCACGAGGCAUCGCGGACGAGCUUCCCGUUCGUGUCCAAGACGAUGGUGGCGGUCAGCCCAAGGCUUUUUGAGGCGACCGACGUCAGCGGGCCGACGUACCACAACGUCAUCAACCUGAUCGAGGUCAGGCGGGUCGGCGGCGGCGAGACGGUGCUGGGGUUCCUUAGGAGGGUGCAGGCCGAGCAGACGCUGCUGACCAAACACUCGGCCGCGCCGAUGAGGAAGAUCAUGGACGGCCUCGAGGGCGGCAAUGAGUUGGUGCCGGAGUUGAUCGGGGCGCAGGUGUUCAAUUGGGUGCCCGGGAUGGGGACGAUGGGGACCAACCCACACCACCACCACGAGGUGCUGAGCGGGGUGAUCAAGUCGCACCUGGGGCUGAGCAUGCACUGUGGGCUGGGAGGGCCCCAGAACCAGACUGUGAUUGUGCGGGUGCGUGGUGAUGGGUUCGAACAGGACGGGCUGCGGAGGAUCGGCGAGGAGAUGGAGGCCAUCACCAAGUGGCUCGUGACCAGGGGCAACUGGGAAGUCCCCGUGGGAGACUUCGAGCGGUGUCUCGAGGGCUAGAUUGAUUUAGUUGGACAUUUGAUAGUUCUGCCUUGUAACCGAGAAUGAUGAUACCACACA